AGCUUAGAUAUAAGCCUUCUAGUCUUUGACAUUGCCACCCUACGAAAAUGGUUUUGACUGUCUGCCCUAUUUAUGUCAAAGAUUCCUGAAGCAUAAUUUGACAGUGAUAUUGUUGAAGCUGUAUCAAAUAUUCUCUUUAAUUUAUAUUACUAACAUCAUUCUUGAGGAAACUACAAUCAGUUGGCUACUUACAUAGAAUCUAAACUGCCAAUACCCAGACAGGGAAUGAAAGAGAGAGGGAGCCAGUGAGAAGCUUCUGUCUAAAGCAGGCUUUAUGCUCCUCAAUCUGCCAGGUUUAGAAGCUGACGACAUUAACUGGAUCACGUCCUGCUAUUUUAGGAGCAUGUCUCCCAAAUUAAGUUACCUACGGUGUGAGAUGCGGUAAUCUGAAUGAGGGAACAGAUUCUGUAAAUGCAUGACAGUAUUGUUUGAUCUAAACAACCAUGCCGUUGAAAUGGAAAGUCUGCAAUAGCCCCGUUGAAAGAAGAUUUAUGGUUUCUGUUCUCAAGGCUUCCAGGGCAGCGAGUGUCUCUCCAACAUACAUCUCACUGGCAGAAGAGGGCACCUUCCCUCUGAAAGUGCCACUAUCUUGCAGCAGGAUGGAAGACUCGAAAACUUCUCCAUCCUCGAUUUCUCUUGGAGGCCCUCAAACCUUCAACAGUGAGACACACUGCUCAGCUGUGUUACAGGGAUUUAACAGCCUGAGGAACUGCGGUCUACUCUGUGAUGUUACUUUAAUGCCAGGAGACAGUGAUGAAAGGUUCCUUGUGCACAGAGCCAUGAUGGCGUCAGCGAGCGACUACUUUAAGGCAAUGUUCACAGGUGGCAUGAAGGAACAAGAGUUGACUUCUAUCAAACUGCAUGGAGUAAGCAAAAUAGGACUGAAAAAUAUCAUUGAGUUCAUCUACACGUCAAAGCUGGCGCUCAGUGUGGACAACCUCCAGGACAUACUAGAAGCUGCGAGCUUCCUGCAGAUUAUGCCAAUACUGGACUUCUGUAAAGAGCUUCUAAUUUCUCAGGUGUCGGUGGAGAACUGUGUGGAGUUUGGCCGCCUCGCCAACGUCUUCCACCUGACCGACCUGCACGACGACAUCCAGGAGUUCAUCGUGAGCAACUUCUCGGCGCUGAUGGCGAGCGGCGAGUACGUGAAGUUGAGCUACGAGCAGCUCGCCUUCGUGCUGGGCAGCGACAGCGUGCGGGGCUGCUCGGAGCUGGAGUUGUUCGAGGCGACGCGGCGCUGGCUGGAGCGGGAGGAAGGCCGCAUGAGGCGGGCGGCGGAGCUGAUGGCGCGGGUUCGCUUCCCGCUGAUGGCGCCGCGGGAACUGCUGGAGCGCGUGCAGACGGUGGGCUUCAUGCGGACGGACACGGCCUGCGUCAACCUGCUGCUGGAGGCCAGCAACUACCAGAUGUUGCCUCACAUGCAGCCCGUCCUGCAGACGGAGAGGACGAGGAUCCGCUCAGACACCAGCCGCCUGGUAACUCUGGGCGGCGUCCUCCGCCAGCAGCUCCUGGUCAGCAAGGAGCUGCGCCUCUUCGACGAAGCUACGCAAAGAUGGCGCCGCCUGGCCUCCAUGGACUCCCCGCGCUACCAGCACGGCGUGGCCGUCAUCGGAAACUUCCUCUUCGUCGUCGGCGGGCAGAGCAACUAUGACACCAAAGGCAAGACGGCCGUGGACACCACCUACAGAUACGACCCGCGUUACAACAAGUGGGGGCAGAUGGCGACCCUCAACGAGAAGAGGACCUUCUUCCACCUCAGCGCCCUCGAAGGCAAGCUGUAUGCGGUGGGAGGCCGCAAUGCAGCUGGAGAAUUAGCCACAGUUGAAUGCUACAACACAGCUGUGAAUGAAUGGACGUACGUCACAAAGUUAACUGAGCCACAUUAUGGACAUGCUGGAACAGUUCACGGGGGAUACAUGUACAUAUCAGGCGGAAUUACGCACGACACAUUUCAGAGAGAGCUACAGCGCUACAACCCAGAUAGUAACAGCUGGUCACGGCGAUGUGACAUGUCCACCGUGCGCGGCCUCCAUUGUAUGUGCACGAUCGAAGAUCGCCUUUACGUUAUCGGAGGGAACCACUUCCGUGGGACCAGUGACUACGAUGACGUGCUGGCUUGCGAGUACUACUGCCCUGUUGCAGAUCAGUGGACGGAGAUCGCCCCUAUGCUUCGCGGACAGAGUGACGUUGGCGUGGCCGUCUUCAACAAGAACAUAUACGUUAUUGGCGGCUACUCAUGGAACAAUCGCUGCAUGGUAGAAAUUGUCCAGAAAUACAACCCGGAGAAAAACGAUUGGCAGAAAGUCUUUGACGUCCCAGAAUCACUUGGUGGAAUACGGGCAUGCACCUUGACUGUUCACAUGCCAGAGGAUGAGGCCGAAAGUCCAUCUCUGGAAUCUUCGUUUCUUGCAGUAAGUUCAAUUAGUUGAGUGACUAGCUUUAAUAUUAAAUGCUGACUGCGAGGGAUUUUUCCUUAUAAUGCUAACUGUUUAUGGUUUGUAAGAAGGUAAUUGUUGUUCACAAGAUGUGUAGGGAAAGUUUCUUCAUACAGGCGGUAGGUGCCUGCAACGUGCCAUCAGGGGUGGUGAUGGAAGCAGGUACCAUAGUGGUUUUUAAGAGGCUUUUAGAUAGGCAAGGAAUAGUUCAGAGAUCUGCACCCUUUUAGUUCAGAGAUACAGUAUUUGAACAGGCCCUUCGGCCCACCGAGUCUGCUCCGACCAGAACUGUUCACACUAGUUGUAUGUUAUCCCCACUUUUACAUCCACUUCCUAUGCACAAGGGGUCAUUUACAGAGGUCAAUUAGCCUACAAACCCACAUAUCUUCGGGAUGUGGGAGGAAACCGGAGCACCCGGAGGAAACACAUGCAGUCACAGGGAGAAUGUGCAAUCUCCACCGAACUGCAGCUAAGUUCAGGAUUGAACCCUGGUCUCUGGCGCUGUGAAGCAACAGCUUUACCAGCUGCGCCACUGUGCUGCCCUGAUGGUAGGGUAGAAGCAGAUAUGACAGUGGCGUUUAAGAGGCUUUCGGAUAGGAACAUGGAAAUGCAGGGUA